AUGGUAAAAAAGGUCCACUUCGAUUAUGACAACAAGGACAACAAGACCAAAUGUAAACUUUGUGGAGCAAAAAUCGCUGGGAAAAACACCACCAACUUGAAGCGACAUUUACAGACGACUCAUACAGAAAUACAUGCCAAGAUACAGAAGACAGCUGAUGAACAUGGGCCAAGUGGAAAUAAAGCGAGUGCAACCCAGCAGCAGGCCAUCUCUACAGCUUUCCUAAGUUCUUCAAAGUACAAAACAGAAUCAAAGGAACAACAGACCAAGGAGCAGGCCAUAGCUAGAUGGAUUGGACGCACAGGGUUGCCACUCACAACAAUUGAAGACGAGGACUUUAUUCAAAUGAUGGAGAUAGUAGAUAGGAGACUAACAGUUCCAAAGAAAACUAAAAUUAGCAAUUUGAUUGAAACACAGUAUGAACAUGAAAGACAAAAAUUCAAAGAGAGACUUGCUGCUGCCCAGAGAGUAUCCAUUGGGCUUGACUUGUGGACAAAAAAAGGACUGGCGGCCUCAUUUCUUGCUAUAAGCGCAUGCUACUUUUGUGUUGAACAAAGUAAACCUGUACACAUAUUGUUGGCCCUUGAACAAGUAGCUCACCCACACACUGCACAGUCUAUUAAGGCAUGUGUGGACAAAUGUAUGCAAGAGUGGGCAAUACCAAAGUAUGGAAUGUUUUUUUGGUCUUUUUUAAAUUAA